UAUUUCUCACUUAAUGAUAAUAUGAUUUUAUAUUGGUUAAUCUGGUUAACCAAUUAACCAAACCGAUUAAACUUUAGUUUGGUUAAUUUGGUUGUUGUAUUAGUUUGGACGGUUUGGUUAUGAUAUUGUAUUCCAUGGUUAAUGAAAUUUAGCCUUAUUUGGAUUGGUAAUAAUAACCAUGGUAACCAUUUGAACACCCCUACAAGUUGGAACCGGAAACUCUUGUAUCCAUUGAGGCAAAACGACAUCACAAGUCGUCGUAAGUAGAAAAGAGAGGCCAAAAGGUGUGUCGUUUUGUGUUUAGUAGCAGCAUCAGUGAUUCACACUACUAUCAGUCUAUCACUAUCGCUCGACGGCGUACUCUGUCGGUCAUUUCUCAGAGUCUCUCCUUGUUUCAUUCUCGGCCAUGAAAAGGGGUCCUAGGGUUUUGCCAUCAUUUCCCACUCUAUGUAUGUGUAGAAUUCCUCAUUCUCAUUUGGGAAUCAAACACGAUUAUCCGUGUGAUUCAAGUCUAUUCAGUACACAGACUCAGGCAGGAUGGAGCAGAUCAGCCGAGAGGGACACCAGUUGAACGCUGAUAGAAUCAGCAACCUUCCCGCCGACGUGUUGCAGCGCAUUCUCGCAUUCUUACCUAUAGAAUAUGUGAUCAAAGCAGCUGGGCUGUCAAGUAUGUAAAGGUAUCUACAGAAAAUCAUUCCCCUGCUUGUUUUCGAUGGUGAUUUUGCUCGCAUUCCUCAGGACCGCAAUACUGAUACGAAUGUGAAUGAGGUAAUGACGAAGAUUCAAAGGGUUAUGAUGAUUCAUGAUGGGUCAAAACCGAAGUUUUUUCUUGACAUUCCUGGCUUGACCCCAUGUUCUGAUACCAAUUGGAUGAUUCUUCACCAUGGGUCCCUGAAUUUAGUCUCGUGCUUCCAGAAGUUGAACAUUUUGGCAACGAUUUGGUUUGUGGGAUUUAGCAAGCUUACCCGUCUUGUAUUGAAAGGAUUGCAGCUGUCGGAUGAUUUUUUUUUUUUGGCAAGAAUCGGAUGAUUUCUUUGAGAAUGUCAUUCCAAGUGUCCGCUGCUUGAAGGAUUGAGGCUUUGAAGUUAUGCUCAGUUGGUAAACUUGAGAUUGUAGCUCCCCAUCUUAAAGUGCUUUCUCUUCAGUGUGAAUGGAUGUCAAUUGGCUCAAGUUGACCCAACUUCUUUCAGUGGUAACAAUUCCGGAUUUUAGCUACUGAUAACUUGCUUCCCAGUUGGGAGCAAUAAUGAUCCUGAUAUUGUCACUAUUUUUGAUUCCCUCCCUGCACUGCAACAGUUAAAUAUUGGCUGUGAAUUUGGGAAAGUAAGCUUGCUUUUCUCCCCCUCUCGACUUGUUCAAAUUGUCUGCCUGGGUUUGUCUCCUCUUUCAUUCAUUCAUGUUGUUGCUUUGUAUUUGUUAGUACCUUGCUGCAAGUGAUAAUGUUCCCACCAGGCUUCCUUCACCUCUUCACCACUUAUACGUCCCGGAAAGGCCUCAUUAUUCUUGAACAGUUUGCUGGAAGCCCGUUUUCUUAUUUCUCUGAUCAUGAGCUCCCCCAACUUGCUUUGACUCACCAUUCGAGUAAGUCUGUUUUUUCAGUAGCUUGUGACGACGGUUGUAAGUUUCUUUAUUAUUCAUCUACUAGCAUUACUCCCCCAUUAGCAGAGCUCCCACCAUCAUUAGACUUCCCAGUCUUCUUUCUCUUAAAGAAAAUAGAAAAUGAAUAACCAAAGACUAUCUCAGGGCACAUUUUCUUGCAAAAUGCUCUUCAAGGUAGUCAGAUGUCAUAUUUGGGAACCAAUCUUUAUCUCCCCAUCCAUAAUUACUAAGGCAAGUUGGUGUUUUAUUUCUUCAAGUGUUGUAUAUUCACCAUUGGCAUUAGUGGUCUUAUUGUAUACUGAUUAUUGUUGGUUCAAUUUACUCUCUUAACUGAUUUUCUCGCCAAAUGUUCUUCUUGUAGUUUCAUACCGUAGAAGACCAUUCAUGGUACAAAUAUUAUAUUGGCAGCCUACAUAAGAUGUUGUUGGAAGCAGAGGAGCUGCUGUCUGAUGUAUACCGUAGUUGUUCUUGGUGUCGUCAAGUGUUGGACAUUCCGGAAAGCCGAGGCUUGCGGGUAGAAAUGGAGCUGGUGAGGUUUAUAUUAGCCAAUGCCCCGCGUCUUGGCUGAGUCAACAUCAGACCUUGGCGUAAAUUGGACACUUCAGGUGUUGUGAUGUUGUCAAAUACCUGACGGAGGUGAAUGGAUAUAAAGUGUGUGUCGAUAGACGCAAAGGUUAACGCUUGGAACAAUGAUGCCGGGACUUUGUAGCUCUCCCCUCACAGUUUAACCGUGGGAUCACUGCAACUUCUUGGGUACUGCAUGAUGUGAAGAUGUUUAGCUUUCCUUCUUUUCCGACACUCCAAGGGUGUUGUUACUCAGCUUUUGAAGAAAAAGAGGUUUAAGGAAGUUUCUGGGCAGGCCUUAGCCUGUGCAUGUUAGUAUUUGCGCAGCUUUUGUGUAGAUACGACCCCGGCUGGUGCAGUGGGAUACCCUUCUCUGUGACGGGCAGAUACCCACAGUACGGCUGAAUGGAGGUUUGUUACCCGACGAGGAGACACGUGGAGCCGUUGUACGGGAGGGAUCGUGUAUUCUCAGACGUUAGAUGACAGUAGGCCUGUCGGUUCGGUUCGGGUAACCGAACCCGAAACCCGCGAAAACAGAAACCCGAAACCGACUCCCACAAAACCCGAAACCGAAACCGACUUUGUACACUGCGGGUUGCGGGUUCAGAAACCCGAAAAAUCACUGGCGGUUUUGGGUCGGUUCGGGUGAACCCGAAACCAAACCGGGGUUUUUUUUAUACUAUUUUUGUAAUUUGACUUUUAUAUUCUUUUGUUUGUACAAAGAAUUUUAUUCUUAUUAUUUGUACAUUCUUAAACAUAAAACAUACUAUUUUAUUCUUAUUAGUUAAUUAUUAAAAUAUUAUUAUUAUUAUUUGUACAAACAAUUUUAUUCUUAUUAGUUAAUUAUUAAAAUAUUUAAUUUUAUGUAUUCUAUAAACAGAGAGACGAAUGUAAAAGCAGUAAACUUUUAAAUGGUAGAGAUUCAGCAAGCAAAUAUCUUGACAUUACUUGACAAUUGAUCAAUUGCCAAUCAGAUCAAGUGUUCGAUUGUGAUAUAUGAAUCAUCCCCAUCUCAACAAAUUCUGAAAACAGAAACGACAAUGGAAGGAAACCCAAUUGAUGUUGAAAACCAAAGAUUAUGAAAUUGAUACAAAACUCGACAUUUUCUCAAGAUUUCAAAAAUGGGGAAGCCAAAGAGGAUACUCAUAUUAGGUUCGAUUCUGCCAGCUGAUUUCCUCAAUUUAAAAUCAGAAGAGGGAGCGUGGAUCCUCAUCGUAACCUCGUUCAGAAAGCUUCCCCAAUUCCAAAACCAACAAAAAUUGAAAAACGAAUGGACUGAAACAAAGUGCGAGGAAGAACUCACUGGGAUUCCAUGGUGGAGUCGUCAAAAGAAUGUGGGCAGGGCACUGGGUCUCUCCUUCCCGAGGUGAAGAGCGAAGCGGCGAGGACGUUGACGGUGGCGAGGACGUUGACGGCGGCUGAGAAGGGACUGGGAGGCUCUGUUUCGCGAAGCCUAAUUGAAGCCUCGAACCCAGAUGGAUUGAUGCAUUGGUGGAAGGCGGAGGGAAGGCGAAUCGGGAGAUUGAUGGCGGUGAGGAUGUUGACGGUGGCAAGGACGUUGACGGCGGCUGAGAAGGAGCUCUGUUUCGCGAAACCUCGAGCACGAGCAGUCGUCUCCACUCUCCAGUCGAAGUGACGAAACCUUCCCCAAACGCGAACGGCGAACCCUAAGAGUUCCUUAUCCAAGAAAACGUCACCGUUCAC